AUGUACAGCACAAACGGCGCAACACGCGCCCUGUACUCCAACACACGGCGAUUUUCAACUGCGACCCGACUCCUAGCAUCCUCAGGCCUCAAGAUAAACCCCGAGAGACUAUGGAAUACAUUACACGAGACUUGCAAAUGGGGCGCUACCCAUCGCUAUGGCGACGGCCCAACUGACACAGGUAUGGCUCGUCUAACCCUCACCGACGACGAUGCCAGUGUGCGCAAGUGGUUUGCCACUGAAGUUCAGAAGCUGGGUUGCACUCUCUCCGUGGAUCAGAUGGGCAACAUGUUCGCGCGCCAGUCAGGUCGACUGAGCUCCCCUGUUCCAAUGAUCGCAAUGGGAAGCCAUUUGGAUACCCAGCCUCGCGGUGGUCGAUAUGAUGGUAUUCUUGGUAUUAUGGCUGCGCUGGAAGUUUUGCGAACCAUGAAAGAGAGCAAAUUCCAGACCAAUUAUGAUGUCGGCGUCGUUAACUGGACCAAUGAGGAGGGAGCUCGCUUCCCUAUGUCCAUGUGCUCCUCAGGUGUCUGGGCUGGAGCCAUCCCUAUCCAGAAAGCUUGGGAUCUACGUGAUAUCCACGAUCCCGACGUCACUCUUCGCUCCGAGCUUGAAAGACAUGGAUAUCUCGGUGACAUCUCUUGCUCUAGCGAUCCGGCCACCGGGUACCCACUCGGAGCCCAUUUCGAAUUGCAUAUUGAACAGGGACCGAUCCUGCCAGAGACUGGCCGGUCAAUCGGUGUUGUUCGCGGAGCUCAAGGAUACAGAUGGUUGACCAUGACGGUGCACGGAAAGGAUGCGCACACUGGAACGACGCCUUUCAGUGCCCGUCAAGACCCAUUGCUCGCAUCCUCCAGGAUGAUUGCCGCUUCCCACGAUAUCGCCAAGAAGCACGAUGCGUUGGCGUCUACUGGCAUUAUCAGAGUCCCUUCCAACGCAUCCACAAACACUGUCUCAUCGCAAGUGACUUUCACACUUGACAUCCGUCACCCGCAGGAUAGUGUGGUGCACGCUGUGCAGGAUGAAUGUCUCAGGGCUUUCGACGCUAUUGCAGCCCAGGAUGGAAAGGGCGUUUGGUUCGACUGGACAUUAGACACUGACUCUCCGGCUGUGGAGUUCGACCACAACUGUGUGGCGUCUAUCCAGGCUGCCGCAAACCAGCUCGUUGGCCGAGAGAAGUCCAUGCUCAUGACCAGUGGUGCAGGUCACGACACUGUCUACACUAGCAAGCACUGUCCCUCGGCAAUGAUCUUUGUCCCCUGCAAGGAUGGAGUCAGUCACCACCCAACUGAAUAUUGCAGCCCGCAAGACUGGUAG